AGGCCAAGGGUGGGCCCGGCCGUUGCUGCGGACUCUGGGCCCGGGGCCUUCCGUCCCGAAGCGGGAGUCGGGGGCGGGGCCGGGGUGCCGUUGUCUGCGGGAGGAAGAGGGAGGAGACGGGAAGCCUGACAGCGGCCGCCUCCACCGGGCUUCUGCCGCCGCCUCCCCUGAGACUGCCGCCAACUCGGCUGUUGAGUUCCUGGGCCCACUGCUGGCAGCUGGGUCUCGGCCUUGCCCGGCUAGCGGGGUCAGAGCGGUGGGCGGCAGCCGUGUUGGGCUUGGCGCGGGAGGAGGGAAGUCUAGACGCCAGGAACGUCCCGCGCUGGGCCUCUCUCCCACCCUCGCCGAACCCCGGGGCCUGGGGAGCGCGAGGAGGUGCAAAGCGGGGCCGACAACCAAGAAGGAACUGGGAGGGGAAGUGUUGGGUUAACGUUGAGAUCGGGUUUGUGGUGUGGAGUUACCUGAAGAGCGAUUUUAGAGUCACCUGCGUGGUGGCUGUUGUUGACGUGCUUGUUCGUCUUUUCAUCCGCCCUUUUUUCUUUUCCCCUCCCCCUUUUUUUCUUUCCAUUUGUUUUCCGCAUUUUAGAGUAAAGGCAUGACUUCCCAGCACGGCAGGGAAGAUAGGGUGCAAGCCCAGAAACUAUUUCCCCACCACCACUUGUUGAAAAACUGAUUCGAAGGCAUCUCCGGGUUUGAACAAACAGAAAGUUUCAGGAUUUGAUGAAUCUCUGGUUUUGCACUGGAGACUUUUCACUACUGAAUAUCAAGACGAAAAAACUGGAAACUAAUCGGAAUCUUAUCCAAAGUCAGAAUGGAACGAUUUGUGGUAACAGCACCACCUGCUAGAAACCGUUCUAAGACUGCAUUGUAUGUGACGCCCCUGGAUCGAGUCUCUGAGUUUGGAGGUGAGCUUCACGAAGAUGGAGGAAAACUCUUCUGCACUUCUUGCAAUGUGGUUCUGAAUCAUGUGCGCAAGUCUGCCAUUAGUGACCACCUCAAGUCAAAGACUCAUACCAAGAGGAAGGCAGAAUUUGAAGAGCAGAAUGUGAGAAAGAAGCAGAGGCCCCUAACUGCAUCUCUUCAGUGCAACAGUACUGCACAAACGGAGAAAGUCAGUGUUAUCCAGGACUUUGUGAAAAUGUGUCUGGAAGCCAACAUCCCACUUGAGAAGGCUGAUCACCCAGCAGUCCGUGCUUUCCUGUCUCGCCAUGUGAAGAAUGGAGGCUCCAUACCUAAAUCAGACCAGCUGCGGAGAGCCUAUCUUCCUGAUGGAUAUGAGAAUGAAAAUCAGCUCCUCAACUCACAAGAUUGUUGACAAGGAGGUUACCACCAUUGUGAUCAAGAUAAAUAAUGUGGAGUAUUAAAGUUACGUGUUGAUUGUGUGGUUCA